CCGCCUAGUGCACACUCCCCGGGUGCCGCGCGGCCUAAUCUCACACUAGCGCAAUGUCCCGCGUCUAUAUCGGCAACCUGGACCCGCACGUGGGCCAGGAUGAGCUCAUGCAUGCCUGCAGCAAGUUUGCGAUGCCGGCAUCAGUGUGGAUCGCUCGCAACCCGGGCGGGUUUGCCUUCGUGGAGUUUUCCGACACGCGUGCGGCAGAGGUGGUCGUGGCGGGAAUGCAAGACGCGCUCCUCGGCCAGCAGCGUGUCAAGGCCGAGCUCGCGAAAAACAAGGGCAAGAACGCGGCGCCGGCGGGCAACUCUGCAGCUCUCUCUCUUGCCGCUCCUGUUGACGCGCCGCGCUCGCAGCGGCACCGCGCCGUCCUCCGCAACUUGCCUCCGGCGUACGAGUGGAGGACGCUUCGUGACGAGAUGAGAAAGAUCGGGGACAUCAUCUAUUCGGACAUCGACGUGAACGGACACGGCAUCGUCGAGUUCGCUUCCCGCGAGGACCUCGACUUUGCUGUCCCUCGCCUGAACGGCUCCACCCUCGACGGCCACAUCAUCGAGGUCUUUGUGGAGGCAGAGGGUCCUUCCACCCCUCCCGCCGCGCCUCCCGCCGCCGGCCCGCCGCGCGGCGAGCAGCGCGGCGAGCAGGCUGGCGGCGAGCAGGCUGGCGGCGCGGCGGCGGCGCGGCGGGAGAGCGACGGCGGGGGGCGCGGGGUAACUGUGCGGACCACGCCGCCGCCCGAGGCCCACGCCCUCCCGCCUCACCUGCCGAAUGGCAGCCGCGACAUUGGAAGCACGCGGGCCAGACACGACGAGUACGACCGCGCCAGCAGCUACGACCGCGCCAGCAGCUACGACCGCGGCAGCAGCUACGACCGCGGCAGCAGCU